AUGGGCAAUGGAUCUGUCCAGUGGCCGCUUUCCGAAGUGAGCCCCAUGGCACAGAGGCGCAACUCGCCCAGCUGGAACCAAACCACGAAGACGCCAAAUGGCGAGUCGCCGCUGUAUGAUGUUUCGCCUCUGAACAACACAGCCUCGCCGCGGCUCUUCUGGAAAGGUCGCGAUUCGCCCUCGCCCUAUGCAAAGGGUGCUGAAAACCAAAUGCCCUACGACCCGGAAGCCUCAUACUUCCCCGCGAGACGGCCAUCUCUCGAAGACUUGAAACGCGUCUCACGGGUCAAGAACCAUACCAUGUUUCGCGAUAGCCAGGAAUACGACCCUGCGCAGGUAUAUCUCCCCCAGCGACCGUUAGCUGCCGACCGAUCGCCCCAGCGGGAUAGCCAGAUGAACCUCGCAAAGUCACAGCUUCCCGAUGAGAUGAACGCCAGCCCGGUGCCACGACCGCCUUCCCCGAGCAAAGAUCAAGCGUCUCCAGGCAAGUCAUCGCUGUCCAAGGGCAGCCGUUUUGGCAAGGGCUUUGACCCGCAGAGCGACAUUUGGUCUGAAUACGAUAGUGCUGGCCACCGUCACGCGAAGAGUGUCACAUUCGAUGCUGCGCCUCCGCAAGUCAACGAGUAUGAGAUGACGACCCCGGAUCCAUCAUCUAUCGCAUCAGGAUCCCGCGACAAUAGUUACGACUCCGAGGAAGAGGAAGAUAUCAGCUUCGAGCAUGAAUCUUCUGUUGAGCGCGAUGACAGUUUUGACGCGUCGUUGGAAGACAUCGAGAAAACGCCAGUCGUCUUGCCCGAAGACUGGCGCUUCAUGAGCCCAGGAAGCGUGGAUGGGGACGAAGAUCCUUUUGUUGGUGAUGACGAGGGUCGCGAAGACUCCGUUCCGGUUGAAGGGAAAUCACCUCGACAUGGUCGUGUUGAAUCACUGGACUCCAACGGUGAGCGACGCCCUCUGCCACCCUUGCCAUCGGUGUCGCGCAUGUCCGGCUCUCAACCAUCGUCGCCUGAUAAACUUGCCACCGCACUUGAGCUGGGAAGUGGGGGUCAGCGGAACUUGCCCUCUCCCCCCGCUCCCGCUUCUUAUACCAAGUCAGAUCUUGGUGGUGCUAUGUCCUUGGAGGAGAGGCUCCGUCUUAUGAUGCUUCAUGAACGCGAGAAUGAUGAGCAUGAUGGCGAGCAUGACCGCGGUGAGCUUAACGUAACGGCUCAGCAGUCCAGCGAAAUUAAGGAAUUGCACAACACAGACGAUGACAAUGCUCCCACUGGCGAUGACGCCAAGGACAACGUGUUUUCACCUCCUCGUAUCUCACGGGACUCUAUCUUGAGAGAUAUCCGUAAGAACGACAGCUUUGAGGAGGAUGAUUAUGAUGACUCUCAGUUCGCCUCAAGCCCUCACCCUUACGACCAUUAUGACCCUGAUGUUCCGAUCCCCUCGCUGGAAAACGAUGACGACGAUGAUACUGGUAGUGUAAUCAUCAAAGAAGAAGACCAUGAUGAAGACCUCUACACGAUACCCGAUUUCUACCAGAACAUGUCAGACCACAGCUUGUCUUCCAGAGAUCAGCGAGCCAAAUAUGACGAAGACAGCAACUACUCGCUAAAAUCUGCCGCUGAGAACACCGAAAACCACCAUGGCAGCCGGAGCUCCGGCCACGCAACACCUGUUCCUGAGGAAGAGGGAGCAGCUGGUCCAAUUGAGCAGCCAAAUGAGGAAGCUGCAAAGGAAGAUCCAAAGGCAGCCGAAGCUCAGCCCUUGGACAUGGCUUCAAUUCGUCAUUCGCUUGGUCGUCCUGUAACGCCAGAAGCAGGGGAGGAGCAGGUUUCGGAGCCCUCGACCCCAGAAUCUGUGAUCCGCCAUCCCGUCGAAGGCGAGGAAGGAGGUGAAGAAGUGGAGGAGGAACAAGAAGCAGAAAUCUCUUCGGACGAGUCGGUGCCUGAGCCAGUGGCCACAAUCAGGGCUCCUGGCGCGGGUCUGAAGACUCGGCCCUCCCUGACCCCAGCUGAUAUGGAAUCGAUGGCGGCCACCCGGCGUAAAAUCAGCGGCCAGCACCCACCCCCAAUGCCGGAUCUGACAAAACAGGCCUCUAAUGACUCGGCGAAGUCCAACCGCCAGCAGAAACAGGCCGACUUGCCUCCCCAACUCUCGCUACCGAACAACCUGGUAAACCGGCAGCCCAGUCUCAUGAAAUUGGACAUCCCGUUCAGCAUCCAGGAGGAAAGCCUCGGCUCUGGCCUCAACAAGGAAUUUGACCGCGUUAUCGAGACCCAAAAGGUUGCGUUUGAACUCGCCCUCUCCCAGCUUUCUUCUCAUUCUCUGCCCUCUUCCCAGGAACAGAUAUCCCUGAACCCGGGGAUCCCAGGAUUUUCCAAUUUAGUUAAGCUUGCAGCCCCUGCUAACACAUCAUGUGACAAACAGAGAGGGUACCUCAUGAGACAAAACACCAAGGUCAUCGUGGCUAGCAGCCAUAAUGAAGAAGAAUCUGCACCGGCCCCCGAGAAAGCCACUCAAGACCCACGGGGCACGAAGUCUGCCGGAUCUUCGCCACGAAAACCAAGCCAGCAGACUUGGACCACCGUUCCAUGGAAUGGGCAGAUGCGACGUCCUAGCACUAAGAUCGGCACCGGAAUCCCCAAGAAGAAGCCCGUUCCUGGAUCAGUGCCACCCCUCCCUGGCCAGUCGAGCAAUGUGCAAGAGGCCCCUGCAUCGAUUGAGGAGACCGAGCCCGCCGUCCCCGAGUGCUUUGAAGAUGGCGAAGAGAGAGGCCGUGUGUUUGUGAAGGUGAUUGGCCUGAAAUAUUUGGACCUUCCCCUCCCUCGUGGUGAACGAUCUUACUUUGCCCUGACCCUGGACAAUGGACUUCACUGCGUCACGACUUCCUGGCUUGAAUUGGGCAAAUCUGCUCCCAUUGGACAGGAGUUUGAACUCAUCGUGCAAAACGACCUGGAGUUCCAAUUGACCCUGCAAAUGAAGGUUGAUGAGAACAAGUUUCAGCCACAGGACACUGCUGCAUCUCCGCGUCAGAAGACCUCUGCUCUCAGCCGUGUCUUUGCUUCCCCUCGGCGGCGCAAGGAGCUUGACCUGAAGCAGCAGAUGCAAUCACAGCAGCAGAAGGACGUUAACGCCCCUGUCUGGGACCGGCUCCGCAACUUGGUUGCCCGCGACGGCAGCUUUGCCCGCGCCUAUGUGUCUCUGAGUGACCACGAAAAGCAGGCUUUCGGACGCCCCUACACCGUCGAUGUGGCUUGCUUCAAUGAGUGGGCAGUGGAAGACCAGCCCAGUAGUGUCAAGAGCAAGAAGAGUGCGACGAGCAUCAAUACGCAGCGUCGCCCUCCGUACAAGAUUGGCAAACUGGAGCUCCAGUUGCUGUUCGUUCCCAAGCCUAAGGGUGGUAAGGAUGAAGACAUGCCUAAGAGCAUGAACGCUUGCAUCCGUGAGAUGCGAGAUGCUGAGAGCGUUGCAUCUCGUACUUGGGAGGGAUUCCUGUCUCAACAGGGUGGAGAUUGCCCAUACUGGCGUCGUCGAUUGUUCAAGUUGCAGGGCUCCAAGUUGACUGCUUAUCACGAAACGACCCGCCAGCCCCGUGCUACUAUCAACCUGGCCAAGGCAUCCAAGCUCAUUGACGACAAGUCGGCUCUCACUCAGAGGGAAACCAGUACCAGAGGUGGUGGUCGUCGCAAGUCCGCAUUUGCUGAGGAAGAGGAGGGCUACAUGUUUGUCGAGGAGGGUUUCCGAAUUCGCUUUGGCAACGGUGAAGUGAUCGACUUCUACGCAGACUGUGCCGCCGACAAGGAAGGCUGGCUGCGUGUCAUGUCUGAUGCUGUGGGCAAGGGAUCUUCUUCCGGAAACGGGUCUAUAAAGCCGUGGGCUGACCUUGUGCUGAAGCGUGAGCAAAGCAUGAAGUCAAGGCGCCAGACUGCCGAGCGUCUUCCCGGCAGCAGUAUCCCCGUUGCUCCCCCUCGCCUUCAAAAAGACACAGUGCGAUGA